AUGAAAGGAUGUUCUAUUUUCAGAUCUGGGCAUUUUUUAUUUCUGCUUUGUCUUUUUGCUGUGGAAGGCAAAAAGUCACCUACAGGAAAACAUACCUGCAGAAAAGGACUCCUCUCCCAGGUGACAGAGAACCUGUAUGUCAAGGCAACUAGUUUAAAAUCAUCUAUUCCUAAGGAUCUCAUCAAGACCACAAGAUUGCUUAAAAAGACUACAAAAAUGCUGUUUAUGACAAACUGCACUGUUCGAGAUCAGCUCCUCUCCUUCUAUGUGAAAAAUGUCUUCAGUCGUCUUGAAGUGGGAAGUGACAAGUUGUACUUCAUUAGUGCCUUCCAGGCCCUGCAAGCAAACAUGGAUGCCUGUCUUCCGUGUGCUCCAUCCACAAGGUUAACUUCUGCAGUCAAAAAGUUAAAGAGAGUGUUUCUUAAGCUUGGAGAUCAGGGAAUCUACAAGGCCAUCCAUGAACUGGACAUUCUCCUUCCCUGGAUUCAGGCCUACAUACAAACCAUCAUAUGA